UUCUAUUCAGUUAAUACUUGUCAUCGCUUGUCAUCUGACAAUUAUUGACUUUCUACCGCGUUUUACCCGAUUUUACCCGUUUUUACUCAGUUUUACCCAGCUUUACCUAUUUAUUCUGUAAGACUAUGGAUCCGAGAUACAUCAAAAACUAUUACACUGGCAGAAACACCCAACAGCUAAAAGAGAAAUUGGAACAAUGCAACUUUUAUCUAAGCGGAUUAGUAUUUCCGGUACCGCGUUUCCGCGUUCCACCAGUCCACGUCUAUUUUAACGUAUUAAAUGCACGAGAGAGACUCAGUUUCGAAAUCUGGCGGAGAAAAAUGUGUGAACAAGUUCAUUUGGAACUGACAGAUCCGGAACGAGUGGCUCUCACCAGGUUUGGCAUGAAAAACUCUAUUCCAUGGCUUAACUUGGCUGAGGGGGAAACUGAGGUUCAAGAAGAAUUUGUGGAAGAAAAAUGGAACCUAGAGAAGACCAAAGAAGAACCUAUAGAAGAAGAGCGUAUAGAAGAACAACAAGGAAAACCUGAAGGGGAAGACAAGGAGGAACAUGAGGAUAAACCCGAAGAAGAACAUACGUUAGAAGUUGUAGAUGAACAGGAAGAACAACUUGGAGAAGAAUAUAGAAUGGAAACCAUAGAAGAACUCGAUGAGGCAGUUGACAAUGAACUUAGAAAUGAAUAAUGUUUUUUUUUAUGUUCAUUUAAUAAAUUAGUUUGCCUUUUUUUCUGUAAA